AUGAGCACCAUGAGGUUCUGCCGUGAAUGCAACAACAUACUGUAUCCAAAGGAGGACAGGGCGAACAAGGUGCUUCUCUACGCCUGCAGGAACUGCGAGCAUCAGGAGGUGGCGGACAGCAACUGCGUGUACCGGAACGUGGUGGACCACGACGCCGGCGAGCUCACGCAGGUGCUGUCCGAGGACGUGGCCUCCGACCCCACGCUGCCACGCACCAAGUCCGUCCGUUGCGCCGCCUGCGGCCAUGGCGAGGCCGUCUUCUUCCAGGCGACGACGAGAGGCGAGGACGGCAUGGCGCUCUUCUUCGUUUGCUGCAACCCCAGCUGCGGCCACCGAUGGAGGGACUGA